ACAUUGGAGAAGAAAAAGCCGCUGCUUGCCUGAACAACUUUAGCCCCUCGAAUUUAUAAAAAUAAAAGCACGUUAUUGUGUCUGGCUUUGAGUAUUUAAAACCUUGCUCUGCUUUAAAACACUGAGGUAAGUUAAACUGAAGCUGUGUGGCCGAAUCCCAAAUGCAUCUCCACUUCACUUUUUAAGUGAACUACAUUCACUAUGAAAUUAUGCCAUGUACUCUCGAUGUAGUGCACUAUUUAUCCACUCAGGAGAGAUUUGUCGUUCGGCUAACCUGUUUAGUUGUAUGUUGAAAUUAUUUAAAUAAUCUUAACUUGAAGUCCCCUAUCCAUCAGGCUUAUUUAUUUAGCUAAAUUGCGCGAUUCCGACUUUAUUUCUCCCAAUAACGGCUAUAUUUCUCGCAAUUCUGACUUUAUUUCUUGGAAUUCCGACUUCAUUGCUCGGAGUUCCAACUUUUUUUUAUUUCUCGAAAUUUCGACUUGAUUUCUCGCAGAUUUUUUUCAGCCAAUCAGGCAGCGUCAUCCCUUCUGCAGUAUGUUAAUCAGAAAGUUUUGCACACUGAAAAUGGAUGCAAUCAUCAUCUUCUUUUGGCUGCUCCCGAUUAGGGGUCGCCACAGCGGAUCCUUAGUCUCCAUUGUAGUGUUAGUUAUUUCUAAUGGAGAAUGAUAGAUACGGAGAGACAUGUCUUGAAUGCACGCAUGAAGCUGGACUUUAAGUGCCUUGUAAACAAUUUCCCCCGCCUGACCACCAGGGGGAGCGUAACAUCCUGUGUUCCAUAAAUGCAUUAACACCACAUCCCCCUUUCUAAAAUCAGUAAAUCUGAUAUCCGACCAAAGGGUUCAUUAACGCCACUGUACUGUAGCAGCCUAUAACAGAAGACUAUAACAGAAAUUAAAUUCACGUGGAAUCAUUGAAAAGACUGUCACAUGAAUAAUUGAAUAGUAAAAAUAAACCCAGAGCCAACAGAACAAUAAAACCAUGAACAUGAGCAAUGAGACAUUCACUGACUAACUGAACUCAGGAGGUGGGGUGGACUACCCAGUCCUCCUACUGAGUGUGGGGUUUUAUUCUGCCCUGUCAAAGUCACUCAGUCCUAUUUAAGCACAAAGUCCUUCAGAUACCCUGGAGGCUGUCUUUCUCUUGCAGGGUAGCGUGCCCGGGUCACAGGACUGCCCAGCGGAGCUGGGCCCUGCUCUGCCUGUGCCGGACUCUCUGGCUGAACUGGAAUCUGCUCAGCCCGCGCAGGACUCCCUGGCUGAUCAGUAAGUAGGUCCGGCUCUGGCGAGAUGGUCUGCUCUGCUGGCGGCGCUGAUGUAGUGACGAGGUGAUUGCGGUUGCGGCGUAGGAUACCUCUGGGAGAGUCAAUGACAUAUGACCUUGGUGCGUUCGCCUGACUGAUCACCGUCCCCUUCUCCUUUGUGUCCUUUAUCCAGACGUGGUCACCUGGUGCGAGUGUGGUGAGUUGUUGAGCUCUCUGUCUUUUGUUGAAGUGACCCCUUGACCUUUGUCGCAUCUUCUGCUCUUCCUCUUUGAGUUUGACUAUGUCAGUCCAUCCUGGGUUCAGAGAUGACGGGGUGACCGGAACCGUUGUCCUGAGCUGUCGGCCCAUUGACAGCUGAGCUGGGCUAUGCCCGUUGGCGAGUGGGGUGGCCCUGUAAGCCAGGAGGGCCAAAUAAGGGUCUUUUUCUUUCUGGAGAAGCCCUUUAACGGUCCGCACAGCCCUUUCUGCCUCUCCAUUGCUCUGAGCAUAUCUGGGGCUGGAUGUUGUGUGCGUGAACCCCCACUGUGCUGCAAACUUGGUAAAACAUUCAGACGCAAACUGGGGUCCAUUGUCUGUCAUGACCUCAGAUGGUAUGCCGUGCCUGGCAAAAAUAGACUUGCAAUGUUCUGCUACUGCUAAUGAGGUGGUUGAUGUGAGUUUUGCUACUUCAAUGAAACGAGAAAAGUAAUCAACCACCAGUAAGUACUGAUUAGCAUCCCACUGAAACAAGUUGGCACCCACCUUUGCCCAUGGUCUAUCAGGGGACUCUGAAGUGAGCAGUGGCUCUCUGAGGUUGUCUCUUUCUUUACCACACGUGUCACAACCCUCGACGACCUUCUGAAGCUGUGUACUCAGCCCCGGCCACCAGACAGAUUGUUUGGCUCUUUCCCAACACUUCGCUAUGCCCUGGUGUCCUGCAUGCAGUUUCUGGAGUAUAUCUGUUUGUAGUGCCUUGGGAAUAACUAACCUACACCCUUUUAGUAGUAGGCCAUCCUCCACUGUUAGUUCUUCUUCAGCCUGUGCAUAUGGUAGGUAAGCCGUGUCUAUUUUGGAUCUGUCUGGCCAGCCCUCAUUACAGUACCUUUUCACUUGGCUGAGUAUUUCAUCACCACCUUGGCAUUUCCGUAUUUCUUGUAGCCUCUUCUCCGUAGCUGGGAGGGUUGACAUGACCAUGUUGACGUACAGGUUUAUUUCCUGCUCCAGCUGCCCACUCUCUCUCAAGGGCGCCCUUGACAGCACAUCUGCUGUGGCCAAUUUCUUGCCAGCCACAUGAGAGAUGGAGUAGCAGAAAGCCAUCAGUCUCAUUCUGAGUCUCUGAAUGCGUGGCGGGAGCUCAUCCAGGCUCUUGGAGCCUAGUAGUGGGACCAGAGGCUUAUGGUCCGUUUCCACAUGAAACCUGAUGCCCACCAGGAAGUCUGAGAACGGCUCGCACGCCCAUGUGAUUGCUAAAGCCUCUUUCUCAAGCUGGGCAUACCUUUUUUCGGUGUCUGUGAGUGCCCUGGAGCUGUACGCCACUGGCUUGAGGUGGCCUUCCUCCUGUCUCUGCAGUAGCACCGCUCCCAGUCCAAAUGAUGAUGCGUCGGCUGAGACGACUGUCUCUGCUUUUGAGUUGUAGAGCGCUAGCCCUGGUGGUGAGCUCAGCACCUCUUUGAUGUUGUUAAAUGCUCUUUGUUGUUGAUGUCCCCACUGAAAUGUGUUUUGCUUCUUCAACAGAUCUCUGAGUGGCUGUGUCUUUUCGGCCAGAUUUGGUAAGUACUUUCCUAAGUGGUUCACCAUUCCGAGGAACUGUCUCACUCCACUCACAUCUUCUGGCUCUUCCAUGUCCGUCACUGCUCUCACUUUGUCAGGAUCUGGCUGCACACCGGCUGCAUCGAUAAUCUGUCCAAGAAAUUUGUCAUGUCUUUUUGAGAAUGCACAUUUCUCAUUCCUCAGCAUGACACCUGCCUCCUGCAGUCUCUCCAGCACCGCGAACAGUCGCGUGUCGUGCUGGGCUUGUGUCUCUCCAUAGACAAGCACAUCAUCCAUCUGGCACAAGACGCCGUCUAGCCCCUCCAGUAUCCUGGACAUUCUCUUUUGGUAGUGCUCGGGCGCAGAAGAUAUGCCGAAGCAGAGGCGAUUAAAGCAAAACCUCCCAAAGGGAGUGAGGAAUGUUGUGAAGAUGGCAGAUUCUUUGGCAAGGGGUAUUUGCCAGAAGCCUGAGUUUGCAUCUAUUUUAGAGAACACUUGAGCACCCUGUAGCUGUCUGAGUGUGUGCUCAACCGAGGGGAGCAUAUGUCUCUCCCGCUUGACUGACUCAUUCAAUUUUGUCAGAUCAACGCAAAUGCGCACCUCAUUUUUGCCUGGUUUUGGCACAGUGACCAUUCCGGCGCACCAGUCUGUGGGUUGUUCCACUCUUGAGAUCACCCCUAUCUCCUCCAUGCGUGAGAGCUCUUUCUUCACUUGAGACAUGAGUGGCAGCGGGAUUUGUCGUGGGGUCGAUAUGGAGAAUGGCUUGGCGUCUGCUCUAAGCUCUAUCUUAUAUUCUCUCUCCAUCUUGCCUAGCCCUUUAAAUAGCUUGGGGAACUGCUCCUUGACUCUCUCUGUGGAGUCCAGUGCCACUGUGUCUACUCUAGCCACUAGGCCAAGUGCUUGGAUGGCUGGAUGUCCCAACAGGCUACACUUCAGCCCUGGGACUACAUACACUUCCUGUGUGGUGCUUUUAUUGUCUGUCCUUAUGGUAGCAGUGAACUUUCCCCUCACUGUGAUGGUUGUCUGGCCUGGCCCCUGCAGCACUUUCUUUGUACUCUCUAGCCGUGGAAAUUGCCCCUUUUGGAAUAUUUCUUCAGAUAGCACGGUUACAUCAGCCCCUGUGUCUAUUUUGAAAACAGCUGUGUCCUCAUUCACAUUAAGUUUGAUUAGCCAGGGCUCGCCAUCUGAACUGAUAGUGCCUAAGAAAGCAAUCUCCUCCUCGUCUGAUCCUGUUGUGUUCACUUCAUUGAGGGCCCCCGAUCUGCACACUUUUGCGUAAUGACCUUUUUUCUGGCACAGAUUACAUGCUACGUCUCUACCUGGGCACCGCAUCGUAUGCCUUGCGUUUCUUCAUCACCGUCGAGGAAAAAUCGCUGUAGAAAGAGACCCUGGAUCCUUUGUAGAUUAAGUCACCGUCCUGGCUCACCCAGCACGCCGCUUCCAUGACCCUCUGUUUGUCUCUGAACACGUGGAAUCAUAGCAGCAGUGACCUGGGCCUCCUGUUGGGGUCCGGUUUCGGUGUGAGGGUGCGGUGGGCUCUCUCCAGCUUUAUGCGGCCGGCCUUCGUGGUCAUCUUUAGGACGCGGGGUAGCCAUGACUCAAAAAACUCCACCGGCUGCCCACUCUCUGUAUCCUCCGCCAAGCCGACAACUCGAAUGUUUAGGCGCCUACUAUAGUUUUCAGCCAUGUCCAAACGCUCUGUGAGGGCGCUAACCUGCUUUUCCAGCUCCACAAUCCUUGGCUCUUGUGCUGCGGCGGAGUUUUCAACUGCUAGUAACCUAGCCUCUGCUUCAUCUAGCCGCUUACUAGCGGCCUGGAGCUCCGUAGCAUGCUUGUGGAUUAGUCUCGGGCAGAGGGCUAAAUUUUUCUUUAAUAACUAAGUUAUUAACUUGAAUAAUGUUGGAAGUCAUUAUGCUCAGGGCUUUAGCAAGGGCAGGGUCAAGCCCAUCUGCAGUUACAAAUUCGGCCUGGUCGCCAUCUUGUGUGUUGUCGCCAGGCUCGGACAGGACAUCUUUUUUUUUUGUCUUUAUUUCCUCUGGUUCUUCCCAUCUUGUCAAAAGACUGUGGCCAAAAGUUUUCCAAGGACCUAGCCUGUUAUGUUCAUAACAAAGAUGGCUUAUAGCGCCCGGUUGUGGUCAGGAUAAUGAAAAAAUUAGCACCGGGUGGCACGGAGCUCUGGCAAAAGCGUCUGCUCAGCUCACCGCCAUCACGUGACACCCCCCCUGCAAAAUUUUCUAAUAAAAAUCAUUUAGCUGUUUUACUUUUAAUCAGGUCAAUGGCUUCAUGCCAGAGUUCAAGGCUAAGGAUUUGUCUUUUAGAGUCACACACUCCUAGCCUUACUCCACCCCCACCACCCAAAAAAAGGAAAACUGCCACUGAGGCGACGCGCGAUUGGAAUGACCGACUGAAACAAAAUGAACCUGAGAGAUGGGUUGAAUACAUCCAAAGAGGCAGAGAGGCAACAAAAGUCUACAGAAAAAUUGUUCUGAAGAAAAGAAGGUACAUGUGGCAGCGGGGGUGUGGUCAAGCGCUGGUCUGUGACAGGGGGGCGGAGUCAGGAAGGUAAGUGGCAGGAUCACUACACCUGAGAGCAAUUAACCUGUGUUUGUGUCUUCCCAGUGACCGCGCCCUACUUAAGGAGGGAGAGCGAGAGCAGAGGGAGCUCUUCCCCGAACCAUAUGCCGAGUGCCAUUGAGAGAGAACAAAGCAGGCUUUGGAUGCAGGCAAUGAGAGCCCGAAAAAAGCAGAGCAGCCAGAGCAACCUAGAUUGACUCGAGCUGCUAAAGAGGAGCAGAGAGAGAAGUGGAGGCAGGCGGAGGCAAAGCGGUGGGUGAGCUUACAUCCCCAGAAGUAACGCCGUCAGAGGGAGAAGAGAGCCCAGCGGGAAAGAGAAAACUGUUAUGAGUUCAUCAGAAGACAGACAGCGCUCCUCCAGGAAGUCUCGGGCUCCUGAUCCCUCACAGCUGUGUGAGGACAUGAAAUCAGAGACAUGCAAAGCGUCAGAAGUCUAUGUGAAGAAAGAGGAGACACUGGAGCUGAACAUCUUCAACCAUGGAGACGAUCUUGACAACCCACCUGAAGAUCUCUCCAUUAAAGUGGAAGAUCCUGACAAGAAAGACUACCUCUACUGUGAAGUUUGCAAAUCCUUCUUCUUCAGCAAAUGUGAGGUUCAUGGACCGCCCCUCUUCAUCCCAGAUACUCCUGUUCCCAUGGGAGUCCCUGACCGAGCCAGACAAACUCUUCCUCCUGGGUUAGAAAUCCAGAAGUCCAGUAUUCCUGAUGCAGGCCUGGGAGUGUUUAAUAAGGGGGAGACUGUUCCAAUAGGUGCACACUUCGGACCCUAUCAGGGAGAGCUGGUAAACAGAGCGGAAUCCAGGAACAGUGGAUACUCCUGGGUUAUAUGCAGGAGCAUGCAGUGUGAAGAAUACAUAGAUGCCAAAAGAGAGAUGCAUGUGAAUUGGAUGAGGUAUGUGAAUUGUACCCGUAACGAUGAAGAACAGAAUCUUGUGGCAUUUCAGUAUCAAGGGGGAAUUCUGUAUCGUUGCUGUCGACCCAUUAAUCCAGGACAGGAGCUCUUGGUGUGUUAUGAAGAGGAGUACACCAAAGAACUUGGUCCUGUACCUACAGGAACAGCCAGACAGCAAGAAGUAAAGGACACUCUGCUGCAGGUGUUUUCCUGCUCCACAUGUCCUCGUUCCUAUGCAUCUCAAAUUGACCUCGACAAACACAUCCAGAGAUGCCAUUAUGAAGAAUAUGUGAGACUUCGGGAAUCAAGAGAGAUUAAAUAUGAACUUCAAAUCCCCUCCAAAUGCUCCAGUAGUGAGCCCACAUCAACUGAUACUCUCAGUUCUGACACAUCUUAUAACGAUAUACAGAAGGGAAUUCACCACUGCUCAGACAGUGGAAAAAGUUUUGGUCAUCAGAAUGCACUCAAGACAAACCAGCGCCUUCACACAGGAGGAAAUCCACAUUACUGCUCUCAGUGUGGAAAGAGUUUUACUCGUCGGAGUGAUCUCCAAAAACACCAGCGUAUUCACACAGGAGAGAAGCCGUAUCACUGCUCACAGUGUGGAAAAAAUUUUACUCAUCAGAGUAAUCUCCGAACACACCAGCGCGUUCACACAGGAGAGAAGCCGUAUCAUUGCUCACAGUGUGGAAAGAGUUUUCCUCGUCAGAGUCAUCUUCAGGAGCACCAGCGCAUUCACACAGGAGAGAAGCCGUAUCACUGCUCACAGUGUGGAAAGAGUUUUGCUCAACAGAGUAAUUUCCAAACACACCAGCGCAUUCACACAGCAGAGAAGCUGUAUCACUGCUCACAGUGUGGAAAGAGUUUUACUCAUCAGAGUAGUCUCCAAACACACCAGCGCAUUCACACAGGAGAGAAGCCGUAUCACUGCUCACAGUGUGGAAAGAGUUUUGCUCAACAGAGUAAUUUCCAAACACACCAGCGCAUUCACACAGCAGAGAAGCUGUAUCACUGCUCACAGUGUGGAAAGAGUUUUCCUCAGCAGAGUGAUCUCCAGAAACACCAGCGCAUUCACACAGGAGAGAAGCCGUAUCACUGCUCACAGUGUGGAAAGAGUUUUACUCAUCAGAGUAGUCUCCAAGCACACCAGCGCAUUCAUACAGGAGAGAAGCCGUAUCACUGCUCACAGUGUGGAAAGAGUUUUACUCAUCAGAGUAGUCUCCAAAAACACGAGCGCAUUCACACAGGAGAGAAGCCGUAUCACUGCUCACAGUGUGGAAAGAGUUUUACUCGUCAGAGUCAUCUUCAGCAACACCAGCGCAUUCACACAGGAGAGAAGCCGUAUCACUGCUCACAGUGUGGAAAGAGUUUUGCUCAACAGAUUAAUUUCCAAACACACCAGCGCAUUCACACAGGAGAGAAGCCGCAUCACUGCUUACAGUGUGGAAAGAGUUUUACUCAGCAGAGUCAUCUCCAAAAACACCAGCGCAUUCACACAGGAGAGAAGCCAUAUCACUGCUCACAGUGUGAAAAGAGUUUUACUCAUCAGAGUAAUCUCCAAACACACCAGCGCAUUCACACAGGAGAGAAGCCGUAUCACUGCUCACAGUGUGGAAAGUUGUUUACUUAUUCUGUUACAUUUAAGACCCACCAGUGCAUCAAGUUAGAGACAUUGCAUGAUUUAAAGUUGUCAAAUUAAAUAUGGUUAUUAAUUAUUAACCUGAAAAUGACCUGUACUUUGAACUUUGUUUGUUAUAUGACCAUUUUUUAAAAUAUGUAACCUUAAAGA